AUGGCGACGAAAAUCAGACUCACGUGUGCACGGGACGCUGGAAGGAUUCGUGCCUUAGAUCGUAAUAAUGAAAUCGGUGAUGUUUUGAGGGAUCGGUUGUACCGGAUCUUGUCCAAGGCCGAUUUGGUCAGCAACCUGCGAAGGAUCGAAUACGGAACGAAGCCGUUCAUGGAAGCCGGAGACGUCAGCAUGGUCGUUCUGUUCUGGUCUGGCUUUCUUUCUUGCUGGACGUCCAACAGCAACUACGAUAAAAAGUACGUGUGGGAAUCGUCUGCUGGAGGUUGCUUCACCGUCCGUCAGAACACCGGAGAAUCCCUCGGCCGUGGUACCAAGAUCGUCCUCCACAUCAAUGAAUAUCAGCUGGAAUACAUGGAGGAGAGCAAGAUCAAGGCCAUCGUGAAUAAACACUCGCAGUUCAUUGGAUACCUAAUCAAAAUUCCGGUAGAAAAAGAACGCAAGAAAGAGGUAAGUGACGAUGAAGCGGAAGAAAUGGACGAGAAAAAUCAGGAAGAAGGCAAGAAGAAGAAGAAAAAGGCCGUCAAGGUUUAG